UACUUGCAUGUUUUUUGACAAGGUCUUCUGAGCUAGAUUUAUCAUCCUUCAUAUUUUGCUCUCCAAAACUAUCUAUUAGGCUCCAAAGAAAUGGGUGAUAUGUUGCGUUUGGCAGUAGGAGUAAUGGGGAAUGCCGCCUCCAUGUUGCUCUAUGCUGCACCUAUGCUGACUUUCUCUAGAGUUAUAAAGAAGAAGAAUACCGAAGGAUUUUCAUGCGUACCUUACGUACUAGCAUUGUUCAACUGUUGUCUCUACACAUGGUAUGGGUUACCAGUAGUAAGUUAUCGAUGGGAAAAUUUCCCAGUGGUUACUAUUAAUGGAAUAGGGAUUCUUUUGGAGAUCUCUUUCAUUCUCAUAUAUUUCUGGUUUUCUUCCCCUAAAGGAAAGAAGGAGGUAGCUAAUAUGGUGGUGCCUAUAAUUCUAAUAUGCGUGGCAACAGGAAUUAUAUCUGCAUUUGUAUUUCAUGAUCACCGCCGUCGCAAGGUUUUUGUAGGGAGCAUUGGACUGGUAGCUUCAGUCGCUAUGUAUGCUUCCCCUCUAGUUGUUGUGAGACAAGUGAUAAAGACAAAGAGCGUGGAAUUUAUGCCAUUUUACUUGUCAUUUUUCUCAUUUCUUGCUAGUUGCCUUUGGAUGGCCUAUGGUCUCUUGAGCCAUGAUCUCUUUCUAGCGUCUCCAAAUCUGGCGGGAACACCCCUGUGUAUCCUGCAGCUUAUAUUGUAUUGCAAGUACCGAAAGAACCCCAUAAAGGAUUUAGAACCAAAGAAAUGGCCAGAUUUGGAAUAUAACGAUGAGAAAAUCAAGCAAGAAUUCCCAUUGGAUGAGAUAAAAGAAUCGAAGUUAAUUGUCACUGAGAAUCUCAGUACCAAGACUUGAAGAGCUUUUAGUAAUUUAUUACUUAAGGUAAGGUAAAAACUUACUCGAUCAAGGAGUUGCGCUCACCAACGUUCAGAAAGAGGACCAAGAAAUAUUUGCAUGCAUUGCUUUGUCGGUUGUGUAACCCUUUAAUUCUCUUGAGGAAUUGAACUAGUUUAUUUUGUGCC